CCAAAGUCUCAUGGAGAUCUAGGAGUCUGGGAAGAGAGAGACAUUUGGAUUCAGUAGGAAGAGUUAUUUCUAAGCUGGAGGCAGAGGAAAUGGGCACUAUGGUGUUAAGUUAUAAAAAAGAAGGUAGUGGGAACAUUUAACACUGUUCAAGACUUUUCUGUGCAGGUUGCAGUUUAUCCCACUUCUUCCAUACUAUCUGUGUGCUUGAAAACACAGUAAUGUUUGUUGGUUUUGGGUAUCUUCAUGAUUUUUGUUCAUAUCUAGACUAUGUGGGUAGUAGAAAUGAACAUGAAUUUGCUGUGAAAGAGACACCUAAAUGGCUGUGCUAUCAGGUGGGAGGACAUGUAGACUUACUGCAGUGGUUUUGCAAAUUUGUUUGCUCUGAUGACAACUAAUAACAGUAUGUUAUUAUGUUUUGCCCUGAAAUGUCUUUUACAGAAGUCUUGAAAGACAAUAUAUGUAGUUUGAAAGAAGCAAUGUUGGUGUUCACCAGCCUUAAAUGUUGCUUAAAUUGUUUGCCAGGUAGGGAUAACAUGAAGACCUGGCUGUCCACAGCUUUGGAAAGUAACAACUUAAGUAUGACAAUCACUUCUUGAAUUUGGUCAUGUGUUUCUGCAGUUAUGUAUUUCUGUGUCUCUUUAUUACUAGCUCAUCUGCAAGAGCUAGGGUGCAAAUACAACUUUCCUAUUUCUAGACAGAAAAGCAUCUGAGCUCCCAUCAGUUUAGCUGAACAUAAACUACUGUGAGGUUUUUAUGGACCAUCACAUUUGACUCUUACUCCCUGUAGCUAUCAAAUGCAUCACAAAUAUUUUUAUUAUGUAUUAAUUUGCUCUGUAAAGUACAAAAUCAGGAGGAAGAAUACACAAUUUCAUGGAGCAUGGGAGGGGAUGACCGCCGGGUCUUACUUUGGCAUAUGGAAGAAGCCAUCCACUCAAGAGUCAAACCAGUUCAGCUGAAAGGGGAGCAUCACUCUAACAUCUUCUGCCUAGCUUUCAACAGUGGCAAUACAAAAGUGUUCUCUGGAGGCAAUGAUGAGCAAGUUAUACUCCACGAUGUUGAAAGCACAGAGACCUUGGAUGUGUUUGCCCAUGAGGAUGCAGUGUACGGCCUGUCAGUGAGCCCAGUAAAUGACAACAUCUUUGCCAGUUCAUCAGAUGAUGGCCGGGUUCUUAUUUGGGACAUCCGAGAGUCUUCCCAUGGAGAGCCCUUCUGUUUGGCACACUACCCAUCAGCAUUUCACAGUGUGAUGUUUAAUCCAGUAGAACCCAGAUUAUUGGCUACUGCCAACUCUAAGGAAGGUGUGGGACUUUGGGACAUUCGUAAACCUCAGAGUUCACUGCUCCGCUAUGGUGGGAAUCUCUCCCUUCAGAGUGCCAUGAGCGUCCGGUUCAACAGCAAUGGGACCCAGCUGCUGGCGCUGCGUCGUCGCCUUCCCCCAGUCCUCUAUGACAUCCACUGCCGCUUGCCUGUCUUCCAGUUUGACAACCAAGGGUACUUCAACUCAUGUACCAUGAAAAGCUGCUGUUUUGCAGGUGAUCGUGAUCAGUACAUUCUUUCGGGCUCUGAUGACUUCAAUUUGUACAUGUGGAGGAUUCCUCCAGAUCCAGAAGCAGGUGGCAUUGGCAGGGUCGUCAAUGGUGCUUUUAUGGUUUUGAAAGGUCAUCGGUCGAUUGUAAACCAAGUCCGGUUUAAUCCUCACACUUACAUGAUUUGUUCUUCUGGUGUUGAAAAGAUUAUAAAGAUCUGGAGUCCCUACAAACAGCCGGACUGCACCGGGGAUCUGGAUGGUAGGAUUGAGGAUGAUUCACGUUGCCUCUACACUCAUGAAGAGUACAUCAGUCUUGUGUUGAACAGUGGUAGUGGUUUGUCCCAUGAUUAUGCCAACCAGUCAGUCCAGGAAGAUCCACGGAUGAUGGCCUUUUUUGACUCCCUGGUGCGCCGAGAGAUUGAGGGCUGGAGCUCUGACUCGGACAGUGACCUCAGUGAGAGCACCAUCCUGCAGCUUCAUGCAGGAGUAAGUGAACGUUCAGCUUACAGUGAGUCAGAGUCCUCUGCCUCUUUGCAUCACUCCCCACCACAUGCCGCUGAAGAGUCUGAUGAAACUACCUAUAACUUAAGGGCCUUAAGAUCAACUGAAUCCCCCUCAGCCAGAGAAGACGUGGCUUCCCGCCAGCAGAGGCUCUCUGCACUGAGAAAGUAUCAGGAUAAACGUCUCCUGGCCCUUUCCAAUGAAUCUGAUUCUGAUGACAAUACCUGUGAGGCAGAACUAGACACAGACCUUUUCCCACGGCCACGGUCCCCAAGUCCUGAGGAGAAUGAAUCCAGCAGUUCCAGCAGCAGCAGCAGCACAGAAGAUGAAGAGGAGCUGAAUGAACGACGCACAUCUAUGAGGCAACGCAACGCGCUGAGGCGCCGGCAGAAGGUGCAAAAGGAGGAAAGGACUAGUACUAACACAGAGAAUGUGACCCCCUACAUAGGUGAGGAUAUCUAUGAUUACCCCCAGAUCAAAGUAGAUGAUCUGUCAUCUUCUCCAGCUUCUUCACCAGAUAGGAGUUCAGCCAACAAAGAAGUUCUCAAAGAAAGGACCUCUCCUUGUUCAGACAGUGAAUCAGUUGAAAGAAAGAUUUACAAAGCGUACAAAUGGCUUCAUUAUUCUUACAUAUCAUAUUCAGCUAAUAAAGAUGGUGAGUCCUCCAGAGGAGAUGGGGAGAAUGAUGAAGGGAAACCAGGAACUAGUGGAAGGCACAGUACAUCACACUCACUAAAUAAGGAGGAUGCUAGAAACUUGAGUUCAUUGGUGCCUCAAGGUUCCCCAGCUCUUCCUACUGAAAACCACAGCAAGGAAACUUUAAAAGAAUGUAGCUUGAUGGAAAAUUCUAGUAAUGGUCAAGCUCAUGACUGUGACAAUCAGCGACGGAUGGAAGGUCAAGAAAACACACCUGAAGACACUAUCAGUGGAGGUAUAGAACAUUCUUUUGAGACUAAAAAGCUCAAUGGAAAAGCUAACUGCAAAGGGCUAAAUAGUUGUACUGAAGAACCAUGCAUUCAGACUGCAGGACUUGUGGAACAGAAAAAUAGUCAAGCAUCAAGCCAUCACUCGUUGGUCCCUCCAUUCUCUGCUGUUGCCAUCUGUAGCAUGUCAGGUCACUGCUCCAGAAACCAGACUGAUGACAGUGAGGAGAGGAGCCUCGACACCUCCUGUGUCAACCACAAUAACGGCCACUUGCACCUUCGCCCUUCAUGCUUCAACAACGGACAGAGUUUUGGAGAGCACGAGACUGUGACACAAGGACUACAGGUGCACUCAAAUGCUGAUAAUGGCAACCUUGUACAGAUGGGUGUGACCUUGCACAAAGACUGCUGCCUAUCUGAAAUGGACUCCAACAGCUACAAUGUGGGCAGAAGAGAGGAUAAUGCUGACUUGCAUCCUGCAGGCAGUGAGAGCACUCAAUCUCUCGGAGGACUGAAAAGACACAGAGUGGAGUUGGAAGAUGCAGAUUCAGAGAGUUCAUCCUUAGAAAAGAAGUUAAAAACAUGAUAAAUGCAAAUGUCUGUCAUAGUGUGCACUCUCAAAAAAAAAAAAGGUAAAAGAAAGUAUUAAAGGCACAUAGAGCUUGGGUCUGAAACGUUGCGUUUGAUUCUCCAUUCCAUUCUUCAGUGGGUCUGUUUUAGAUUGCCAGUGGUUCAUGCUGUAUAAAAGUCCAACUUACUCCUUAAUGAGACUGAGUCUAGUGUACCCAUACAAGGUUCUGUUUCAAGUAAAUCCUUAUUAAGACGGUUGACUGAAUUA